AGUCUAGUCCUAGUUUUAGUCAGACCUCUAAGAGUCAGACAGUAGAGUAGUAUAAACGGAAGCGAGCAAGGCAAGAGAAAAUAAGUACAAGAAAGCGACAGAGCGACGGUCCAUGUGUAGCCUGUGUAGGUGAUCACCAACGUCACCAUUCAUCACUAUCACCACAUCACUAGUGAUGACUGGGUCUGGGCGCCUUGGUGACUGGUGACAGUGACAGUGACAGUAGUGUACGUAGUGUGCGAGAGUGAUGUCCGCGGUCAUUUGCUCCAUCAUUCCGAUAAUCGGUAUUGCUAGUUGUACGAUACGAGACACAGUGCACGUUUUAGUUUCUGUUCCCUCGACAUUUGUUACCUUAAUCUAGUCUAUCGAUGUAGCAUCGUGCAUGUAACACAAAUACUUAACCGCGAGCAUGUAUCUUUUAUCGUUACGUGCAUAAUGAUCGACGGCGGGAACUCGACAUGCGUUCGACGAGGCGAAUUACCAUGAGAAAACGAAGCGUUUUGGAACUAAUAGCGGUAGCUUCUGAAAGGACAUCGAAGAAUGCUUUUAUCGUCAAAGUGCGGUACGUCUAGACGUGGGAUACACAUACACACGCAUAUAAGAACGAAGAAGAAUACUUGAUCACGGACAACGUGGGUGUUCUCGUGGACGGUUGUCAUUCGCGAUGCGAUUCAACAAGCAGGAACUGUUGACUCUGGCUACACAACCUUCGCAGAAAUUCGAGAAAGAGGGUAUAUUGUAUGUACGCGAACGACAAGAAGGAUUCUUUCGUAGAACCGAGAGUACAGGUAAAAAAUCUGACAACAAAUGUCAAAAGGGAAAAACACAUAAGACACUGCGAGACUUCAGUUGCGUUACAGCCAGUACGAGUAAAGUAAGUUUGGAGAGAUGGUGCAGAUUGCGGGGGAACCUGUUGUUUUAUUUCAAAUCGCGGGAGCAAUGGUCGGAGCCUCUAGGCGUGAUAAUUCUCGAGCAAUGUUUCGUGCGCGUAGAACAACCAAGCAAUCAGAUUCCUUAUGGAUUCAGUAUAGUUUUCGAAGGAGGUUUGUUCCAAGCUUUGGGUGCGAAUUCGGCCGAGGAGAGGGACAGUUGGUUGCAAGCUCUGCAACUUGCCAGCUACGAAUGCAUGCGAAGCCAAUUGCUGGCGUUGCAACAACGUAUAGAGGCGUUCAGCGGACACAAGCACGACACGGAUAUCCAAAUGCUGCGACUACAGCGCGGAAUUUCGACAGACCCUGCCGAGAUACCGAUGUGCGAGAUAUCCUUGGCGUGCGACAAUCUCCUCUGUGAUGGUCAUGGUCGACCACCCAACCCGGUUUUAGAGGUGGACGUGCAGGCGAAGAAUUCGAAAACCUGGAUCAAGUACGCGCGAACCGAGGUGGUCGAGCGAAGCAGUAAUCCUGGUUUCUUGACAACCGUGAGCUUCCGCGCCAGCGACGGUUUGACGACGGAGACCAAAGCGAGGAUAACCGCGUUCGACGUUAGAGAACGCGUGAGCCAGACGGCGACGCCAAUCGGAAGCGCGAUCGUAACGUUGAACGCGGUUCAAGAUACACCCAGGCUGAGGAUACCGUUGAAGUCAGCGAAAACGGUCACCGUUGGUUUUUUAACGAUUAACGUUUGGAAUCUGGAAGCGGAGGACCGAGGGAACAGCACCGAGAGCACUCCGUCGAAGGAUCCUCCCGCCGGCGGGAAUCAACAGGUCCUCUCGCAUAGGCGAUCGCAGUCAUUACCACCCAGAUUGGGAACGAAAAUCAAGUUGCCGCAUCAGGGACAACUGAAACUUCUCUUCGCUAAUCCGUAUAUACAAACUUACAGUUUCAGAUUUCACUCCGGUUUGGGCGGAGAUAUCUGCGUGCAUGAGAUCAUGGCGGAAAGUAAACUUUGCUUCCAAUUCCCGCAGCACUUACUUGCAAUCUGGAUCCAAGAAGAGAAGGAAUUACUUCAGGAAGUGGCUGGUAUGGGUGAACUGAGAGAACCCUGGCACACCAAGCAAGUCGAAUUGCUGGACCGCCAUCUUCACCUGUUGCAUCUUUACUCGCAAGCCAAAGAGAACUUGUCACAAUUUAAAGGUUCAUACAUCAAGCGGUCAUCGCGUAGAAACGAUAGAACUCUCGAAUUCGCGCCUAUCAACUUGCAUCUCCAACGAAUGUGGGUUCACAACGACACAUUGAAUAAGUGCGGAUUUUACGAUUUCAUCACCGUUGGGGCGUUCACCGCGCACUCGCACAAAAGCAAAAACGGAGGACUGAUUAGGUUGUUACAAGCACUGAAGGAAUCACCAACGCGUACCAAUCAAUUAUAUCAAGGGACGUCAAAGAUAACAAUGGCGCACGAUGCGAUUCAAGCGAUAAAACAAUUGCGGCGAGACGUCGUUGACGCGAUGCGCGCGUUGAUGAAACUCGCCAAGGAGAAACAGACCAGCGGAAUGCUGCCCAUCUGCGAGGAUAUGAUCACCAAGACCAGAAUACUGCUCAGUCUUUGGGAUCCAGGCUUGGUAGAAGAGGCGUUAACGUUCUUGGAAGAGUUUAAAGUAGCUAAACUACACGAAACGGCGAACGACACUUCUCUUAGUUUAGAUUUUAAAACAAACCAGUCGCUGUCUCCUUUCAAGAGGAUUACGCAACAGUUAAAUUUCGAUUUGAAGAGCCCGGAUUUGGACGAUUUUGUUACGCCUGAUACUCCGGAGUGUGCGCUAAAAGAUCUCUGGAUGAAAGAGAGCGAAAGGAACGGUUAUGUGGCUCCGUUUUCAUUGAGAAAAGAUUCGAACACGAUUAUGAGCAACGAUAACAAUAAGGACAAGGAUAACGGUAACAGUAACGAUGGAGAGGUAACGGCCAAUGACGAGGAUAAUUUUGUCAUAUUUCCAGACGUCGAGAAUGAUGUCGUUGACAGCAUCGAUUCCGAAACGAAAGGCUGCGCAGACAAAAAUAGGAAAACAAACGAGAACGAGAACGGAAAUGAUAGCGGUUUCAGUGCUUCCGACGAUCGCGAAAUCGUACAGGAGAAGGAAGAUGAAAUCAAAAGCGACAUCGAUCCGUGCAAAAGAUUUCUAGACACUCAGAAAAUGUGCAAUUCACCUUCUGCAAAUUAUUACAAGCCUACUGACGAACCCGAACCCUGGGAUUUGACUCAACUGAACAUCGAAGCGAGUGUAAUGUGCUUGGUGUCGAAGGUAAAAUUUCUCUGCGGAAGGUGUAGCAGUCCGGCUGUCAGACUCAGGAGCAGAAACGUCGUGGGGAGAUCGCAAAGUUUGAAGGGAUCGGUUUCGAACAUUCGGAAAAAGACUGGUCAAGUAGUGACGAUCCAACCGAAGAACGAAGCAAAGAACGAAGCAAAGAACGAAGAGUCGAGUAAACUACUCGACAAUGUUGAUUAUCGUCGAGAGAGUUCCGCGGCGAUAAUCGCUCGACAGCAAUCGAGUCCAGGUUCGGAGAAGACGACGCCGGCUCUCUCUAAAGCCAAAGAAGUGUGUCAAGCCGUCGAUUCGAUGACGAGGGUGAUCAAAAGCAAUUCCGGGCAGAGGAACAAGUUUACUGAGGGCCUCGAUUUUGCCUCGAUCGUCGAUUGGACAAGCGAGCUUAGACCCAGCAUGAAGAAAUUGCGGCAAGCGAUGGACGGAUUGUUGAAAACCGCUAGAUUAACGCAUUCAGUGUUUAGGGUGCAGGAAGACUCGAAAAUGGCUCAACGCGUUUGCAAUGUUCGCUAUAGGCGAGACGUAUGUUUUAGUCAGGCGUUGACCAGCGUGGUGACGGGACUGAUGGCGAAACUCUGGUGCCAAAGGCCCGAUCCUAUGUUUCUGUUGAUCUUAACUACUCUUGGUCCUCUGAUCUCGUUCGAGGGGCUUCUCAGCUAUUACGGAGACGAGAUAGACAUGUGGGGAGAUAUGAUCGUGGCGGUAGAGGAUAUGCAUACGGUCACUUUUACAUUGACCAGAUGCGGUAUUCAACCGAGUAGCAAGUUCGAAGAAAAUCGAAACGCACCAUUUCAACUACCGCUACCGAGGGUGGUCGGAUCUCGGUCGGCGUUAACAGUGAUACUUCCGGUACCGGAUGCGAUUUACUCUCUGUUGCCUCUGGUCCCAUCUUCCAGACAAACAAUCUCCUUCAACGUCACUCCCGUCUUCUUCAAUGUCGGUAUCAACGAAAUGGCUUCUCUCGCGGAAAGUUUGGGGACUACGAAACCGCAAGAGAAGAGCAACUUGGAUAAUUUCGAGAGGCUGAACGAAUAUUAUUUGCGGUUCAAAAAGCUUAAUCUGCCAACGGAAACUUCCUCGACUCGACCAGUUGGUGCGAGGUCUCCGCUCGGUCAAUCGUUGGCGGAACUAAUGGUGAAUCUAAAGACUAGCGUCCAAGCAAAAGUAAGCAAGAACGUCGAAAUCUUGCAACUGUCAUCGCAGAUUUGUCGAAGGAUGCGCGGUUUGAGAUUCACCAGCUGCAAAAGUGCCAAGGAUCGUACAGCGAUGUCGAUAACAUUGGAGCAAGUGAACAUAUUGACCGCCGAGUAUCACUUGGCGGAACACGAAUACGUGAAAGCGCUCGACUGCAUGCGAAGCGAAGGGUGCCGACGAGAGAACACCUGGAAGAACAUCGGAAUUCGAAAAUACGCUUUCAAUAGUCUACAGAUACUGACGUUUCCGAAGUUAUAUCGUCCGCCAACUGGAACCUACGGAUCGGCGCAAACUUAAAACGAAUAUUAUUAGACUUUUCGCAAUUUCGCCAACCUGAAUAGAUGAUCGUUUCGAUAUGGAUAUGAACGAUCGGACGUGAGAAGAAGGGAAGAACGAUUUCUCUUAUAAAUAGUAUGUAAAUAUGUGAUGCGAUUAGAUAGAAUGCGAGUGCAUUCUGCUAUGGAAACGAAAGAGAGUGCCAUUUUAUUACUAUUAUUACUAGUACUACUACUAUCAUUACUACUACUACUACUACUAUUACUACUACUACUACUUACAAUUAUCACUAUUUAAGAACCUUACUAUUCUAAUCGUCAUUAUUAACAUUGUUGGUCGCUCGUUACUUAUUAACAUUGUUGGUCGCUCGUUACUUAUUACAGGGAUCGUAAAAUAUCGAAGGAUGUAUUUUGAUUAUUUCUGUAUAUAGAAUUUUAUUAUGGACGAGACGACGACGCCGAGGCCAAGUUUCAUCGAUAUAAACGCGUAACGUGCCAAUUAUUGUAUCAUUGUUAUUUAUUAGGAGACGAAUAUACUUAAUGAAUAAGUAAAUACUUUGUGCCAAGCACGCGGCAAUCAAAGCAUUCCCGAGACCGAUCGUUUAUUACAUUGGAAACAAAAAACUUGAGAUUCGGACCGAAGUAUGAAUUGUACAAUAUUUCAAAUAAAUUAUUAUCUGGACAUGCA